UAAGUUUAAAUAUUAAAAAAAUUGUUUGUUAGUUGGGUUCCUUAUGUGCUUAUUUGAAAAAAAUUAUACUUAAUGCCAAAUAACCUAUAUUGAAAGUUCAUUAACCUACCACAUUUUACAUCUUUAACCAGUAAAUUAUAUGAAAUGAUAUAAGAUAUCACUUGAUCACGUUCAGUAGGAGUAACAGUAUAUUUGCAAACAUUGAAUAAAAAGUAUUUAUAGUGGGGAGAUUGACCUAAAAUAACAGUAUUGUUUGAAUUAUUUGACACUGACAUUCGUUCUUGUCCAUGGCCAAGUACACUGACUCUUGAUUCAUAAUGAAAAUUAUUGUUAUAAUAUUUGUAUUUUUUAUUUCAUCUACAACUUCAAUACUUGUGGAAUUAUUCCAGUCAAUUUAUGGACAGUAUCUACAACAAGGAAUUCCUUUUAGGGAAAAUACAUUUUUAGGAAAUAAACCAAUAUUACGCGAGUAUGAUUUUAUUGUCAUUGGAGCAGGUCCAGGAGGCAGUGUCGUUGCAAACCGUUUAUCUGAACAGUCAAAUUGGUCAGUACUAUUAUUGGAAGCCGGACAAGAUGAAUCUGUAUAUACAGAUAUACCAGGAGCAACGGGAUUUUUAGAAGCAACAGACUAUAAUUGGGGUUAUACCGCUGAACCAGUAAAAAACGGUUGUCUAGGUUUUAAAAAUAAUCGUUGUCCAUGGCCAAAAGGAAAAGGCAUGGGAGGAUCAUCAAUUAUAAAUGCCAUGUUUUACACAAGAGGAAAAAAAGAAGAUUAUGAUACGAUUGCAACACUAGGAAAUGAUGGUUGGGCUUACAGUGAUGUACUGCCAUAUUUCUUAAAAUCUGAAAACAAUUCAGUACCAGAAUAUCGAAAUUCACCUUUUCAUUCACAAAAAGGAAAUUUACAUGUUGAACGAGUUAGAUAUCAUUCACUACUUGCUGACAAAUUUAUAGAAGCUGGCGGAGAAUUAGGAUUAAAUAAAAAUAUUGACUUUACAGUUAACCCGGAAAAUGGAGUAUCACGUUUACAGGUCACAACUCUAAAUGGACACAGAGUAAGUGCAUCUAAAGCCUAUAUUCGCCCAGUCAAAAAUCGACAAAAUCUCCACGUGGCUAUAUUCAGUCAUGUAACAAGAAUACUUAUUGAUCCAAAGACUAAAAAGGCAACAGGAGUAGAAUUUAUUAAAAAAGGAAAACAUAGAACAGUAUAUAUUAAAAAAGAAGUUAUUUUAUCUGCCGGUGCGAUAAAUUCUCCACAAUUACUUAUGUUGUCAGGAGUUGGACCAAAAGAUCACUUAAAUAAUCUUGGUAUACCAGUAAUUCAAGAUUUACCAGUAGGACAAAAUUUACAAGAACACUAUGGCACAGUCGCAUUGGAAUUCAUAGUAAAUCAAACAGGUCCAUCACUCAACAAGCAAACUUUAUCAAAUAUUCAUUUAUUUGAAGAAUGGUUUAAAUAUGGUCGAGGACCACUUACGGUACCAAUGGGGGCAGAUGGUUUAGGUUAUAUAAGAUCACCAUCCGGCAAAGAGAUUGAAUUAAUAUUUGUUCCUUUAUCGGAAAAACCAAAUGCGUUCCUCAUGGCUACAUUGUUGUUACAACCAGAUGCUCGUGGAAGUGUAACUUUGAAAAAUAAUAACUCAUUGCAUCCACCCAUCAUGUCUUAUGGUUAUUAUGACAGUAAUACUGAUCUAGAAGACAAUGUAUAUGCGCUGAAAUAUGCAGUUAAAUUGGUAGAAGAAACACAAGCAUUUAAAGAUUUGGCAGCCAAACUUAACCCAGAACCAUACCCAAAUUGUAGCCACGUAGUAUUUAGAUCGGAUGAUUAUUGGGUGUGUUUAUCAAAACACUUGACAAAUACAUAUCAUCAUCAAUGCAGUACGUGCAGGAUGGGCGAUGUUGUAAAUAAUAAAUUACAAGUAAUUGGUAUUCAAGGAUUAAGAGUAGUAGACAGUUCAGUACUUCCCCAUAUUCCUAGUGCACAUCUUUACGCCCCUACUUUAAUGGUUGGGGAAAAAGCGGCAGACAUGAUUCGCAGUUAUUGGUCAAAAAGCCAAUAAAAAAUUCAGCUAACUAUUUAUUUAUUUAUUUAUUUAUUUAUUUAUUUAUUUAUUUAUUUAUUUAUUUAUUUAUACUUUAAAUAAUAUUAUACCUAAUAACAACGUAGAUGAAAAUGUCAUUACUUACCAGAAACAAUUAGAGCUUUGUUUGGUCCAACAGUGUGUAUUUGUCCCAUUUUUUUUUUUUUAUUAUUUAUUGAUGAAUGAUUUUAUGUUUCUUUAAAUACAACCAUAAAUACAACAAUUUAAUAUAUUUAA